UUUCUCUCUGGAGCAUGGUGACGCAGGUUCUGUUUGAUCUAAAUGUGGGUUAAUUACAAAAGAAUUAUAAAAGGAUUGCUUUAUUAUUUUAUUGUGCAGUUAGGUUUGCUUUCUAAUGUCAGUGUUCAACUAUUAACAGUCUAGAGUUCAAACCCUUCAAAAAAAAGGACCACUCCCCAUGCAUCUUUCAAUAAUCAACAGAUAAAAGCCUGCUUCUAAAUUUCAGAAGAGUCAUUUUCCUUCUGCUCUGUUCGGUGCUUUAUUUCUGAAAGAGAUAUUCAAUAACCAGCGAGAAAGAAUCAUAAAGGUCAGGCAAUGGAGCCAUCAGAGAAGGACGUGUACCUACACAAAGGAUGCUAUUUUGUACCAGUGGUGUCCUCACCUGAAAGUAUAGAUUCACUGGAAAAUUUUGAAAUCCGAGAUGAUGAUACAUUUAUAAUCACAUAUCCUAAAUCAGGCACAGUGUGGACUCAGAACAUUGUGAGUUUGAUUCUUUAUGAAGGUCAUCGAGAUGGAACUGAAAAUAUUACCCUGAUUGACCGAGCACCAUGGCUAGAGUAUAAUAUUUUCCAUGUAGAUUUACCCAGUCGCCCAUCACCUCGUGUCAUUUCUUCCCAUCUGCCGUACUAUUUGGUACCCAAAGGAUUACGAAAUAAAAGAGCAAAAAUUAUUUAUGUGUUUAGAAAUCCAAAGGAUGUCUUGGUUUCUAGCUAUCAUUUUUACAAAAUUCUAACCAUGCUGGAAUUACCAGAAGAGUUUGAUGUUUACUUGAAGAAGUUUUUGGCUGGCAAAGUGCCUAGUAGUUUGUGGCUAGACCAUAUAGAAAGCUGGUAUGCUCAUAAGGAUGAUUUCAAUAUUAUCUUCCUUUCGUAUGAAGACAUGAAAAAGGAUCUGAGAAGCUCUGUACUGAAAAUAUGCAACUUCCUAGGAAAAGAACUGAGUGAAAAGGAGGUGGAUGACGUGGUGGGUAAAGCUACAUUUAAUAACAUGAAAGCGGAUUCUAGAACAAACUACACAUACAUGAUUCCUGAACUUACAGAUGAUAGCAGAGGAGUCUUUCUUCGUAAAGGCAUUGUUGGGGACUGGAAGAAUACCAUGACUGUUGCCCAGAGUGAAACGUUUGACCGUGUCUUUAAGGAGAGGAUGGAAAAACUGCCCUUCGAAUUCUGCUGGGAUAUUCAGGAGGAUCCUAAGCCUAUUUCCAGCUCAGUGGAAGAAAAUAAUGUGUGAUGCACAGCUUCAAGUGGCUUGAAUCAGAGAUGACCUUCCAAGAAUGAUCUUUAUGUAAUCUUUAAUGUUUAAUUCUCAGAUUUGCAGAGAUCAUAGAACAGAGCUAAAUUAAAUUAUGUGUGCUAUUAUUAAAUAUAAUAGAAACUGCAGAAAAUAGUUAUAGUACGUCUCUCCCAAAUUCUUACUAUCAUUUUUAUUUUGAUUCCACAAAUGAAACCAGAUGCACUAAAGCUUUGACAUUUUAUGUCCAGCUAGUUCCUAUAUAUACUUUUUUGUUUUUUACAAUAUGCUAAAUCACAGCGUGAGAUUUUCUUAUAUGGUUAAGGUCUUUUCUCUAUUGCCUUUAGUUAGUAGUGGAACUAUACUGGUGUAAAAUUUGCUGUCCUUAUUGCUGAUGCCUAUCUGUAUCUAUUGCCUCCCAUUUAGCCUGUCUCUGAUUAGUGAUGUCCUUAUUUCUAAAGUGCUUAAGCAAAAUUACUGAUCAAACUCUCUGGUUUUGCCGACAUUCUCCUUUCAGAACAUCACCAGCAAGUCAAGACAGCGAUGUAAGAUGGACCUUGGGGAGGUGGUGAAUGUACAGGUUAACCCUAAAUCUUUCAUUGUCUGCCAUGAACAACAAUGUGAGAUUGAAUAUUUGCAUGAACAUGCCUGCUUUGCUGAACAGCUGAUGGGGGUUUGCAUAUCUAAUGAGUGUGGCAUCUAUGCUUUCCUGAUUUACUACACAGAGAAAUCUUUUUGCCAACUCCUCAGGUUUUUUUUUUAAUCAGGCAUCUUUGGAGCAGAAUCUGGCAUUCUUUCAAAACUCCACCCACCCACACUUUUAUCUUUCAAAACCCCUCAUUUAAGGAAGCACAGCACUACAGUAGUUGAAACAAGCUUUCAACCCAUUACUUCUUGUCCUACUCUCUGAAGAUAAGUCAGACUCCUCUUCUCUGUGACAGCCUCUCAAAUAUUGAAAGAUAUUUACCAUGUCCCUCUUAAUUCUUUUAUUCGAUAUGCUAGACAGGCCUAGUUCCCUGAACCAUCAUACAAUUUAGCUUCCAUACCCUUUAUCAUGUCGGCAUACCUUAGGAUCUCAGCAUCUUUUUUGUACUGUGAUGAUGCAUGCAGUAUUUCAAGUGUGGCCUCACAACUACAAUAUAAAGUAGUUUUAUCACUUCGCAUAAACUUGAUGCUAGCCCUUCUUACAUCUUAUACUAUAACUUAGCAAAUCAUGUCAGAACCAUUCAUGUCCAUCCAUUCUGGAAUUCUUCUGGAGAAGAAUUAUCCAUUGGCCACACAAGUCACCCAAAUUAAUAUUUAUAUAAGCACACUGAUUUGUUUAUAUAAAUGAUCUUCCUGGACCUCUGAUUAUGAAGAUGGAGGUCCACUUUGAUUGCUGAAACUUUGCAAGGAUUAAGUCUAAUGCAAAAUGUUAGAUUUGAUGUUUCUUUCCACAGAUAGGUGGUUACUUCUACCUCCCCCAUCAACUACACUAUAUAGUUAACCUUUUUACAUUCUUGAUUCUGGGUACUUCGAUCUUAAUGUAUUUGGCUAGGUCAGGUGUGUUGUGUAGUAGCAGUAAUUUAUUAACUGAUUAGUCUCAACAGCAAUAUCAUAUAAAAAUAAAAUAAAGGUAAAUGCAUGAUCUAAUUACAAAAUAGAUAUAUGUAUGUAAAAGAAAAUACAAUAAUAAAAUACAUAAGUAGUAAA